GCGCAUCAGUAGUACAUGACUUGCUGUGUGUGCAGUGGUUUUUUUUAGACGGGAACGAGAACAAGACCUUGCAGUAGAGAGCAAUGGCGACAACAAAGACGACAGGAGCUGCGAGUUGUGAUUCAAAUUUGAGCGGGAGAACAUGGCUGAGGGUAAAGCGAAAGCGGACAGACGAGACGGUGGAUGCCUUAGUGGUAGGUCAGCUGAACAAGAAAGCACGGACCGUCGCCGAAGGUCCUGCCCCAGCUAACAUCACGUUUCGGUUCGCCGCUACAGUCUCGGACACCGCUGCGAUUCCUGGUGAUGUUCUGACUCGAGUGCAACCCAGGGCCGAAGCAGCAGCCUCCUCGUCCCCGGCAAUAGCCAGGAAACCGUCUGGUACAAAGAAUCGUUUCCGUGCUGUACUCGACCAUCGGUCUCAUCACAGUGUUGAAGAUGUGCGCCGGAAAACACGGCAAUAUCGGCGGGUUGCGGCUCGUCUAUCUCUAGCAUCCGUAGCUCGAAUACCAUCGCCGGAGGAGAGGACGGAAGAGGACGACGAGGUGCAGCGCAUUUUACAGGUUUACGAUGUCGUAGCAGAGGAGGGAAAUGAAUCGCCUCCAGCUGCACGGGACAGCACGACGAGCAGUCCUCGCAGUCGAUCCGAUGAUAUCGUCUGCAAUGCGACUCGCCUGCUACGAGAAAACCUCAGUAUACGAAAUAACGGGGUGACGCCCGGCAUGGCAUCGUCCGGUGAAUCCUAUGUGUACGACCUGUACUACGCCGAGGAUAGCCUGUCAGACAUCAGUGAUCGUGUGUCGAUAGAGCCGUACACCCCGGAUCUGGUGUUCGACAUCGGUAGCGACGACCCAGAGCCGUACGAAGAUGAAGAUGACUCGAAUGAUGAGGACAACUGGCGCAACGACUACCCAGACGAGGACAGCAUGGCGGUAGAGGAUGACGGUGGCUGUGGUGAUGAUGGUGGCUACGGCUAUCACCAAGCACAGCCUGCGCCGUGUCUCAGCAGUGACGAGGAGUCACUGUACCAUCCACCGCGCUCGCAGUACAGGUCCCGGGCUGUCAGGUUGUUGGCCAGGCGGCAGCAGGGCCUAGCCGAUCGAGAUGAUGAUAACGAUGGUGACGAUGACGAGGAGGAGGCGGAAGCGGGUCAUCCGUUCGACAACUGGUACUGCAACAACAUCUCCAAACUAGGCAUGGCAAUGGCUCCAGCGACGUCAUCAUCAUCGUCGUCCAAGCAGCUGUUGCACAAUGGCGACAGUCCGUUCAAGGACAGUGGCGAGUACUCUCAAGUGGCCUACGAUCCUGACUGGGACUGAUCUCCUGUUGCAGCUGGCCUCUCCCCCUCUGUCUGUCUCUCUCUCUCUCUCUCUCUCUCUCUCUCUCUCUCUCUCUCUCUCUCUCUCUCUCUCUCUCUCUCAUUCUGUCUUGCGCCCUCUCUCUGUGACUCACUAUCUUUUUAAUACCAUGCACUAAAAGCCUGCCAGGCUAUCUGUCUUCAUCCAUCGCUACUACACAUUGUCAUUGGCAAUGGAUACCAAACUGCCUGAGAGCUACGUCCCAUGCUAACACUGUUGUCUAAGCUGUUGCAGCUUUUCGAGUGCAGGUUUCUUUUCACCACUUGGUAACGACAUUCUGAAUUAUUUUACCGGUUCAGUUAGUGAUCGACACCCUAAUGAAAUGAGCAUCGGUUUAGUUUCGUACUGCCUUGAUCUUCUUGCUUUCGUUUCCCAAUGUGGAGAUAUUUCCAUGUUAUGCCGGGUUAUAUUCUCCUUUCCUUGCAUCCCUAUCUUGUCUCACUGUCUUUCUAUCUCUCUCUCUCUCUCUCUCUCUCUCUCUCUCUCUCUCUCUCUCUCUCUCUCUCUCUCUCUCCCUCUCUCUCACACACACACACACACACACACACGCACACUUGUCAGUAAUACCGCUCUUUGAGAUAACUAAAGAUUUUCACUUAAUUAGCGUCUUUUGCGACGUUCUUACUUCCUCGUAUCUUGUUCCUUUAGCACCAUUGCUUCUUAUUUGGUUUCCUCAGCUUUUAUUUUCCUACCCCAUACUGUUGAUCUUGAUCCUCUCUCUCUUUCUCUCUCUAUCUCUCUCUCGCUCUCUCUCUCUCUCUCUCUCUCUCUCUCUCUCUCUCUCUCUCUCUCUCUCUCUCUCUCUCUCUCUCUCUCUCUCUCUCUCUCUCGUCUUCUUUUAUUGUGGUGAUGUGAAUGCUCCUUUCAUUUCUCUUGCUUUAGUUUUAGUUCAGUAUAGUCUGGUCUUUUUUGCUCAUUUUGGCUAGCUUCUUUUAUUCGCGGAUUAUUUUAUUAUUUUUAGGAUUUGCGAUUUUCAGUGUCGAGUGUCAUUGUCAUGUCUAUGUGUGCUUCAUCUUCUUAUCUUGUUGCUUGGGUCGUUUUCUUGAGUAAAACUAAGUUAUUUUUGUAACGUCAAAGACUACCAUCCAUGA